GUUGUCAACCAAGACUAAAAUUAAAAUAAAAAAUGGAUGAACAAUUAUUUCCAGUAGCCCUGCUACUUGAUGAAUUAAAAUCUGACGACGUUACGUUACGCUUAAACGCAAUACACAGAAUAUCAACAAUCGCAUUAGCGUUAGGUCCAGAUAGAACGCGUGAUGAGUUGAUACCUUUCUUGCAAGAUUCACUCGAUGACGAGGACGAGGUUUUAUUAGCAUUAGCAGAGGAAUUAGGCUCAUUUACAGAGUAUGUCGGUGGUAAAGAAUACGCACAUGUUACAUUAGCACCUUUGGAGUCAUUAGCCGGUAUGGAAGAGACUUUAGUUAGGGAUAAAGCAUGUGAAAGUAUCAACAAAAUAGCUGUCGAACUGUCCUCUGAACAAAUUGAGAAGUAUUACUUACCUGAGUUACAACGUCUCACAAAUGGUGAUUGGUUCACUCCACGUACAUCAGCUUGCGCUUUAUUUGCAUCAGUCUACGAUCAAUCCAACACUGCAGCACGUCAAGAGCUCAGAAACUUAUACAAGAAACUCUCAAAUGAUGAUACUCCUAUGGUCAGAAGAUCAGCCGCUAAGAACAUGGCAGACUUCGUAAAGGUUCUACCACCACAAGAAAUACUUGAUGACAUUCUCCCAUUAUACAAGAAGCUCUCCAUUGAUGAUCAAGAUAGCGUUAGAUUAUUGACAGUUGAAGCUUUGAUCGCUAUAAUGCAAAAGUUGGAUAAACAACAAGUAUUGACAGAUUUAUUACCUUGCGUUAGAUCAGCUUGCAAUGACGCAUCAUGGAGAGUUAGAUUCAUGGUUGGUCAAAAGUUUGUCGAAGUUGCUGAAUGCGUCACUCAAGAUGUCAUACGUGAUGAAUUAAUUCAAGCAUUCGUAAACUUAUUAAAAGAUAACGAAGCUGAAGUUAGAACUGCAUCAUCUUCACAAAUUCCAGGUAUCUCAAAAUUUGUCGAUCAAGAGAUUAUACUCGCUAAGAUUUUGCCUGUCGUGAGAGAAAUCGCUGGUGAUCAAUCACAACACGUUAGAGCUGCAGUUGGAAAUGAAUUAUCCGGGUUAGCACCUUUAUUAGGUAAAGAAGAGACCGUUGAAAAUUUAUUACCAAUUUUCCUUCAACUUCUUAAAGAUGAAUUCCCAGAUGUUAGAUUAAACAUCAUUUCUAGACUUGACAAAGUCAAUGAAGUCAUCGGUAUCGAUUACCUCUCAAAAGCACUUUUACCAGCAAUCUUUGAACUCGCAGAAGACAAACAAUGGAGAGUCAGACAAGCAAUUAUUGAAUAUAUACCACUUUUAGCAAAACAAUUAGGCGUAGAAUUUUUCAAUGAACAAUUGGGUAACUUAUGUAUGUCCUGGUUGGGUGAUACUGUCUUUUCAAUCAGAGAUGCAGCAACGAUAAAUUUGAAAAAUUUGACUGAAGUCUUCGGCAGUGAGUGGGCAUCACAAACAGUCGUACCAAAGGUUGUAGCAAUGGGUAAUCAUUCGAAUUAUUUAUACAGAAUGACAACAGUAUUUGCUAUAACCACAAUGUCACCUGCAUUAGAACCAAAAGUAAUCCAAGAACAGAUUUUAUCAAUUAUCUUAAGUCUAACGACCGAUCCAAUUCCUAAUGUUAGAUUCAACGUUGCAAAGUGUCUUGAAGUUCUGAGUGGAAACCUACAACAGACACCGGAAGGUCAAGAAGUCAUCCAAAGGGAAAUUUUACCUGCGGUUGAAAAACUUAAAGAAGACCAAGAUGCAGACGUUAGAUUCUUUGCUAACAAGGCAAUUGAAUCAAUAACAGGCGUAAAAAACUAAUUUUUUGUAUUUAACGAUGACUUGAUUUAUAUUUUU